UUAGAUGCAGAAGCGAGCACGUGUCGAGGUGUCAGAAAAUCAAGUUUUUCCUCAAGCAGUGAAGACACCAGGUCUGCUGCCAGCCCUCAAACGAUGUGGUGGAUCCUUGGGUGCUGCGCUGGUGGCGUGGUCGUUCUCUACGCUAUGUACAGAUGGGUGAUCCCCGGGGUUGUGCAAUAUCACGGAGGCCUGGCGCUCAUUUGGCACGAUGUCAUUGUGGAGUGGAUACUGGACACGCUGACCCAGUCCACACGCCCUCAGCGGCUCCUCGCUGCAGUACACAAGAAGGCCACCAGAGGGAACCCUCUGAGCGUGGUCAAAGCCAUCGAUGAGUUCUGCAGCCACAAUGAGUGGGCCAUGAACGUGGGGGAUGAGAAAGGCUGCAUUCUUGACUCGGUGGUGUCGGACGUAAAGCCACUUUAUGUGCUGGAGCUGGGCACUUACUGUGGAUACUCCACAGUGAGGAUAGCCAGCAUGCUGCAGCCUCACGCCAAGAUCAUCACGCUCGAAUUUAACCGGGAUUACGCUGCUAUCGCUCGGCAGGUCAUUGCAUGGGCGGGUGUGGAGAACAAGGUGCAGUUAGUCGUCGGAGCGUCUGGCGAGUGGAUCCCGAAACUUAAGGCGCAGUUUGGGGUGAAGACCUUUGACUUGGUUUUCUUGGAUCACUGGAAGAAUCGCUACCUUCUCGACACCAAACUGAUAGAGGAGUGUGGCCUCCUGAGGAGAGGAAGCGUCCUGCUCGCCGAUAACGUCAUCUGUCCUGGUACUCCAGACUACCUGCAGUAUGUCCGAAGUAGUGUAAAGUAUGAAAGCCAGUACUUCAAAUCUCACCUGGAGUACACCAAAGCCGAGGACGGCCUGGAGAAGUCGGUAUUCUUAGGGUAGUGUUUGAGUCAUUCUAAAUGUGCGUUACACAGUGACCGCUGGUGCAUUUGUAGACAUGCUUUGUCUUAGAGUGACUGACCAGGCAAGAGUUAAGCAGCUGUUCUGAAACAAACAAUAAAGAAAAAAA